UGUUAUACUACUAUUUUCAUUAUAAUUUUUCAUUAUAAAAUUAACAGAGAUAUAGUAAGAAAAUAAAAACACUGUUGCAUAAUCUUCCAAAUUCUACUGCCAUCUGUUGGAUUUUUUUUAUAAUCACUAGCGACUGCAUUCGCACGGAUAGCAGUAAUGUUAAAGACGGGAGAUUUUCUCCCACGUGGGAGCCUUCGAGCGCAUGCGCAUGGUAAGUAAGUGUGCGUACGUAGGCUAGAUAAGUGCGCAUGCGUGGGGAAAAAUCUCACGCUUGGUAUCGCUGAUUGUCACUGACGUUUACGAGGUUAUUAUUUAUGUGCAUCUGGGAGUUUUUUAUUAGUAAUGUGUUAAAUUUUCGAUUCAAAUUUUAAUGAAGUUGUUUUAAUUAAGUGUUAAACCGAUAAUCAUGGAAAAGGUUGAACACUUGUGGAAUGUAACUCAAUAUUUAACAAAAUUCCAAUGUCCAGAAGCAAAAAAAUUACAGAACCAUUAUAUAGAAUGUUGUAGAAAUUUAUCUAAAGAAGUUGAAUUACCAAAAUUAUAUUUUGGUCCUUCAACGAUGUGCUCUCAUUGCGGUUCGCUUUGGGUUACUACAAAUCAUCAAGUAAGAAUAUUACCUGGUAAAAAAAUGUCCCGUUCUGUUGGUAAGAUGAUUAAAACUAAUACCGAUGAGAACAAGAUAUCUAAACUGCAAGCUAAAUUAAUUAAAAAAUGCAAAAAGAAUGAAAUGAAUAAAAUGUCUAUAAAAUGUUUUGCAUGUAUGCGUUGUACUAAGGUACGAUUUACUAAACCGAAAAAAAUACUUAAGACUUGUGACAAUGUAUUAGAGAAAUCUAACAUUAAACAGAAAAAAAAGAAGAAAAAAGGAAGAGAUAGAUCGGUUGGAUUAAAUAUUUCUGGAAAUUUAACUCCAAAAUUACAAUCUAGUGAAAGUCAAAAAACUCUUGUAACAAAUAACAGAAAUCAAUCUAAAAUGACUUUAAAUAAACCAAAGGUAAAGAAAUUGAAUAUAAAUAAAUUGAAAGGUAUAGUAAAUCAAGGUACGACACCACCUAAUAGAAAGAGUUUAACAAAUUUUUUAAAAGAACUUUUAUAAAAUAAAUGAAAAAUCUUGUCUCUCAUCCUAUUGUACUAAACGACGGCUUAUACCUAUAUGUAUAGUAAUUUAUUGAGUAUUGUAUUACUUCCUACAUGCGGCUGAUAAAAUAUGUAAAUAAUAAUGAUAGCAUUAAAAUACGUAGAAGUUA